AUGAAGACGCUACAGAGCUCAUUGCGUGGUCGCGGUGGGCGCGGUGGGCGCGGUGGACGCGGUGGACGGGGCGGCCGCGGAGAUGCACGGUUUGCAUCCCGGUACACCGACGCACGCUUUCAAAUUUCCCGUCGUGGCCGUGGUGCGUGGGUUGGCAACAGUCCGCGAGACGCCGCGCUGAGAGACCCCCGUUUUUUGAAGCACCUGAAGGAAUCGAGAGGAGCCCCGGCAGACUCCGACGAGGACGAGGAAGAAGUGGAGGAUUAUCAGGAUUUAGAGCAAGGCAGUGAGCACGCUUCCGCUGACGAGGGUAACAUGCCGUUGACGGAGGUGGAUGAGAAGGAGCUUGACGAUGAGGUGGCGGCAUGGUCCGCAUCGGAUGUGGAAUUUAUUGAACCACGCCGUCGCGUAGCGAUUGUGAACUGCAGUUGGGAUCAUAUUCGAGCAGUGGAUCUUUACGCCAUUCUCUUUUACGCGCUUCCACUUGGUGGACAGCUGAUCGAUGUUGCUGUGUAUAUGAGCGAUUUCGGCAAAAAAAUGCUCGAGCACGAACGUGUGCACGGCCCAGAUCUAUGGGUUAGGAAGGAUGAGAAGGAGGGCGCCCGCGAAGCUGGCCUUCACGACCAAAAGGACAUCAACGACAGAGAAAUGAUGUCGAAGCGUAUGGAAAUUGAUGACAAUUGUAACGAUGACGAGGAUGAUCCGUGGGAGGACGACAAUCCUGCAAUGCUUUACGAAGAGGGUGGGGAUGGAGAGCUCUUCUCGCAAGGGAAGUAUCGUAGGUAUGAGCGUGAUCGCAUGAAGUACUACUAUGCCGUUGCUACCUUCGACUCGGCGGAGACAGCAGAAACGGUUUACAAGCAGUUGGAUGGUAUGGACAUUGAGGCAAGUGGUGUCGUACUGGACUUGCGCUACGUUGACGAUGAGGAGGUGUUUGAAAACCCUGUCAAUAGGGCUGACCGUAUUCCGGCGAACUACAGACCUCUCGCCUCGUUCAAGGCCGCGGCGCUCUCGCAGACUCGCUUCCGUAUUUCGUGGGAUCAGGACGACAUCUUCCGUUAUCGCUCCAUCCGCGACAGCUUCACCGGUAACACGGCGGAGGACGAUAUUGCGGCGUAUAUUGCUCCACCCGAUUCAUCCGACGAGGAUGAUUUUGUUGAUGCCAAUGGGAGGGAAAAAAAGGACAGUGUUCGGGAGAAGCUCCGCAUUCGAAAGAAGUACGCCGAGUUGCUGGAGGAGAUUGGUGGGCUAACCCAGGAUGGACAGCACAGCGAAGCCGAAGAGGGGGAGGCAGGGUAUGAACCCAGUGAUGGCGAUAGCGAUGACAACUCGUUAAAUCGCUUCAGCGAUAUCGACUUGGACGAGGAAGAGGAGGGAGAGGCAAACAUGUCCGGUGAGGAGGGAGUUAUGGGCGACAUGGAGGCCACCCUCGACCUCGACGCGGGGACGAAAGCAGCACGCCUACAGCGCGAAGCCGAGAUCAAGCAGAUGAUGAAUUCUGCCGAUUUGGGUAGUCAAGCCGAGCUCAAGUACAGGCUGCGGCGGAAAGAGAUGCGGAAGGCAAAAAAAGAGAUGUUGGCCCAGGAACGAGAGAAUGAAUUGGCGCGACGGCAAGAAGAACGCGAGAAGAAGCGGCAAAUUUUGCGUGAGACACUUGGUACCGACGACGCGGGUGCCACGCACAUGAGUGGACGGGAAAAAAGGAAGUCUCAUGCCAAGUUGGUGAAGCAGCGUGUAGCUGCUGAGCGGGAGGCGAAGAAAAAGAUGCGAGCGUCUAACUUGCUUGGCGUCAGCCGGGAAGUGCGGGAGGCGCAGCGCCGGGAGGCCGUAACUGACACAAUUGACCCGCGCUUUCGGAACAAACUGCUUACAGACACGCGCUUUCAUCUGGACGUCGCGCAAAAGGACAAACGAACGAAAUCUGAACUUGUGGAUCUUGCCGCUGCUGUUGCCACGGCAAGACGAGAAAAACGUCAGGAGUUGCAGAAGGACGCGAAAGCUGAGAGUGCCGUGGAGUACUUCUUGAAUCGUCCAGCCAAAAAGACAAGGAAAGAGCGAGGAUCAUAA